AGCGGGAAGCAGCUUGCUUUCUCAUUGGCUGAGGGGUCCCGCAGGCCGUUGGAGCGAGAAAAGCUGGGGAACUCGAGGCUGUGGUGGGCACCGGGUUUUUGUCAGACUUGAAGCGAGAAUAGGCACGUUAGUGGAUGACGAGGAACCCGGGUGUUGGCGGAGGACUGUGGAGUGAAGCUAAAAUGGCCGGUUUAUGGAUCCAGUGAACUGUCGCUGUGUGCCAAAAGGCUUCUGAAUAUGGACCGGCUUUUGAGGCCGAGACUGGGUUCGGUCAGUGACUUCCAGUUUGGAGCGGUUGCCACGGAGACCAUCGAAGACACUCUGCUUCACUUGGCGCAGCAGAACGAACAAGCCGUGCAGGAGGCUGCGGGACGCACGGGCAGCUUCAGGGAGACCCGCAUCGUGGAAUUUGUUUUUCUCCUGUCUGAACAGUGGUGUCUGGAGAAAUCUGUCAGCUACCAGGCUGUAGAAAUCCUAGAAAGAUUUAUGGUUAAGCAGGCAGAGGACAUCUGCAUGAAAGCCCCAAUCCAGCUGAGAGCUAAUGAGAAAACAGAGUCUUGGAAUUGGAAGGCUCUGAAAGAGCAACUUUUCAACAAGUUUAUCCUCCGUCUGGUGUCAUGUGUUCAGCUGGCGAGCAAACUUUCCUUCCACUACAAAAUAAUAAGCAACAUUACAGUCUUGAAUUUCCUCCAGGCUCUAGGUUAUCUGUACACUAAAGAAGAACUGCUAGAAUCAGAGCUUGAUGUUUUAAAGUCCUUGAACUUUCAGAUAAAUCUGCCUACACCUCUGGCAUAUGUGGAGAUGCUCCUUGAAGUUUUAGGAUACAAUGGCUGUUUGGUUCCAGCAACGCAACUACAUGCAACCUGCCUGACCCUGCUUGACCUGGUCUAUCUUCUGCAUGAACCCAUAUAUGAAAGCCUGCUGAGGGCUUCUAUUGAGAACUCCACACCCAGUCAGCUUCAAGGAGAAAAGUUUAUCUCAGUGAAAGAAGACUUUAUGCUGUUGGCAGUUGGAAUCAUCGCAGCAAGUGCUUUCAUCCAAAACCAUGAGUGUUGGAGCCAGGUUGUGGGGCAUUUGCAGAGCAUCACUGGCAUUGCUGUGGAGAGCAUUGCUGAGUUCUCUUAUGCAAUCCUGACUCACAGUGUGGGGGCCAACACUCCAGGACGACAGCAACCUGCUCCUCCCCACUUGGCAGACAGAGCUCGCAGGGGUGCUGCUUCCUCAACAUGAGGCAGACUGAGCCCCCCAAAUAUAAACACCUAUCACUAUACUCUUCCCUCUAUUUGUUUACUUUCAUAUUCAAGGUACAAAACUUCUAAGUCUCCUUUGAACUGUACUUUGUAUUCUAAUUCCAUGCAUAUUUUUCUGAAUCAGCUAAAGUGGACAAGUUUGCCUUUUUUUUUGGUCCUAUCAGACUAAAAAUGUCAAAGAACUAAGAGGAACAGGUUAGUGAAGUUGUUUUUUAACAAGUAGUUCAUGGCUUUUCUUUUAACCUCAUUUCAUGAACAGGGAUCAUCAGACAUGGAGAUAAGUAUUAACCUGGAUCUUAAAAAUAGACUAUUUGGUUGUUGACUAUUGUUGAAAUUGCCUUUAUUUCCCUUUAAUUUCCUCUCUGUCAUGUUACUGAGAUCUAUACAAAUGGCUUCCUCUACAGUCAUCUUCACUAGGUUUUUGUUUUUUGGUGAUACUGGGGUUUGAACUCGAUGCCUUGUGUUUACCUAGUAAGUGCUUUACCCAUUAAAAGCCACACCUCCAGUACAGAUUGCUUUGUAACUAAAAUGUCUCUAUGCAUGUUUCAACAGAACUUCCAUAUACUUU